UUGACUGCAUUGUGAGGGUAUAGCUCCUGGGAAACUCUGGUGUGACGGUCUAUGGGACUCUCCCAUGUGACGGCAUCCCCUUGUUGGGCCCCGUGGUGGGUGGGGUCACUAGGAGCUGAAUAAUUAUCUCUAAAUAUGGAUUCAUUAAAGAACAAACAAACAAGUACUAAUGCUUCAUCAAAGGAGGUUAGUUCCAACCAACCAUCAUAUCUCAUCGUGCAUGCCACAGGAGAAACUCCUUUAUCUAAACGUUCCCCGUUUUUGAUUCAAAAACUCUUUGAAUCGACCAUUGGGCAUCUUAAAAAAAUCCAAAAGUUAAGGUCAGGAGAUCUGCUAGUAGAAGCAGCCUCUCCUCAACAGUCAGAAAAACUAUUAAAAAUGAAAUCUCUAGGAGACAUACGAGUCACCAUCGCACCACAGACAAGUUUGAACUCAUCACGUGGUGUGAUAUCUGAAAUCGAUUUGAUGUCUGAGUACGAAUCCGAUAUUCAGAUCGGCCUCUCAGACCAAGGUGUCACUGCUGUCCGACGAAUUUCAAUCCAUCGAGAUGGCAAGUUGAUACCAACUAAACAUUUUAUUUUCACCUUUGGAAAACCGUCAUUGCCAUUUUUUGUUACAGCAGGCUAUUUGCGCUGUUCAGUUCGCCCAUAUAUUCCAAACCCGCUGCGUUGCUUUAAAUGCCAGCGGUUUGGACACACACAAACAUCCUGCCGAGGUAAAAGCCUAUGUGCACAGUGUGGAAUUGAAGGACACCAGAGUUCUGAGUGCACCAGUACUCCACGCUGUUUAAACUGCAACGAUGCCCAUUUUGCCUACUCUCGGAAAUGCUCUGCAUGGCAGAGAGAGAGAGAUUCAGCGGGUGAAAACUGUAAACAAUCUAUCUUAUCCAGAGGCUCGACGCAUGGUCAACCCAAGUGCUUCUUUAAAACAGAAGACUUUUGCAGCUGCUUUGAAGUCUACAAAGGAUUUGAUCUUUACUGCAAGGAUGAUGAUAGCCACAACCGUGCUAGUGGAGGUGUGGCUAUUGUAGUUUCAAAUCACAUCCCAUCCUUGCCGGUACAAAUCACCACUAACUUGCAAGCCGUGGCAGCUAGAAUAUGUAUUGGAGUAACUGUCACACUACCAACACCAUUUCUUUUACUGGGUGACUUCAAUGGUCACAAUCCUAUGCGGGGCAGUCCCGACAUCAAUCGUCGAGGCAGAGCCAUCGAGAGAUUUACAGAUUGGCCUGCAUUCUCCUCUUUGGCUGAAAUCACUGAGGAAAUGGUCAAUACUGCUGAUAUCAAUGACAAAGUUGAAGUCGUCACUUCUAGUAUUAUACAGGCAGCUGAAAAAACAAUGGGGAAAACAUCAACCAGAUAUCCAAAGCAUCCGAAACCAUGGUGGAACCAGAAUUGCGAGGCAGCAUUUAAAGCACAAAAGAAAGCAUGGGGGAUUUUCAGAAGAUACCCCACUGCUAGUAAUUUCACUGCUUUUAAAAAGACAAAUGCCAGAAGAGUUAGAAGGCAAAGCCAAAGGGAUUCUUGGAGGAAGUAUGUUUCUAGUAUAACAUCAUCUACUAGCACAAAAGCAGUCUGGGGCAAAAUCCACAAAAUUAAUGGGAAAUUACUUCUCAUUCUCUGUCCAUGCUAG